AUGACCGAAAGACUGGCACCUCUGGCCCAGAAUCACACCAGGAAUCCGAAUCCUUUCAUCAUUGUUUGGUGUGACCACACAUACCCGCUCAACACCUUCCUUGUAUAUGGGAGUGAUAUGCCGCUUCACAAGGCCCUGGAGCUGGCGUGGUACCACAAGCAACACGACAUACACACCAUACGACCCACAGACCGGCCAACCUACACUGCGGAAACGAACGUCAUGGAAAUAUUUCCCUCGUGGCGAAAGCGAGAGAGAUACGUGAAAAGGGACAACACCUUGCCGGGUACAAGCAGCGGCACUAUCGUUCAGUUGUCGCGGCUCUUGUCUGGACUUGUAGCAGAGCCAAAAGAAGGCAACUUCCAACGACCACCCCCCGAUAAUCUGUUCACCAGUUCAAAACACAAGAACAUGAUAUCAAAGAGUGCAGAAGAAAGAGAACAAAAGGUGAUAGAGAUCAAGAAUCACAACGAAUCAAUCAAGAGAGGCGUUGCGCUAAUUGCGCUGGAGAUGUUGAAGUGCCACCCAAACAUCACGACAUGCAUGACGAUUAUGUUCAACCAACUGUACGGCCUCUCAUCCGCCUCAGACUUCGAGGCCACCCGAUCGCCCUACCCGCCACAUUAUGCCCUGUGGCUGGAGUUCGAGGAUGGGGUUGAGACAGUGCUCCAAGUGACACUUGAUUUGAUGGGACGUUCCACCCAUGAGACUCUACGCGGCGACUGGGAAGGAUCCUGCAACAACACUUUGAAGGGUUCCCAGUAUUACAGAUAA